GAAAAACACACACACACGCACACACACCACCCAAGCCGCGCUCCCCACUCCCACUUCAUUCUUUUUUUCUAUUCAAGAAGAAGGUGAAGCAUGCGCGCGCUCAGCCCUCCGCCGUGUCCGCGCGCUCGCUAACGGGAGCUCGUGCAGCGUUCAGCGUCUUUUUGAAAAGGAACUUCCUCCUGUCUAUCUUUCUCUCUCUCCUUCUCUCUCUCCUCCUCUCCCGCUCUCUCUCUCGCUCUCUUCAGGAGAUGAGAUGAUGGACAGUAGGAUGCUCGAGCACCCGCGCGCGCAGUACGGGAUGGCCGGUGUCGGUUUUCCGUACCACCUCAGCCACCAUCACCGCCAUGUCUACGACAUCACCGGACACCAGAUGCAGACUGUUGCUCCCUUUUCCAUAGACGGAUUAUUAAACGGCUCCUGCUCGGCCUCCGUAGUCAGCUCGAGCCCUCUGCUCGCGACCGGCUGUGCCGUUAAUGCGGACAAUCAAGCUUACAAACUCACCGACUCUGCAGAUCUGGAUAAAGAAAGUCCCGGCUGUAAACGGAGACGAACGCGGACCAACUUCACCGGCUGGCAGCUCGAGGAGCUCGAGAAAGCGUUUAACGAGAGCCAUUAUCCGGACGUCUUCAUGCGCGAGGCGCUCGCGCUGCGCCUGGACCUGGUGGAGUCACGUGUGCAGGUCUGGUUUCAGAACCGGAGAGCCAAGUGGAGGAAGAAGGAGAACACGAAGAAAGGUCCCGGUAGACCGGCGCACAACUCUCACCCGACCACGUGCAGCGGAGAGCCCAUGGACCCAGAGGAGAUCGCACGGCGUGAGCUUCAGCGGCUCGAGAAGAAGAAGCGCAAACAAGAGCGAAAGCUCCUCAAAUCCCAGAACAAGUUCUUGUCCUCUGAGCUGCUGCACACGCCGGGCUCGGACAGCGACGUGUCUCAGAGCACCGACAACGAAUCUACACAACGCAGCGUCCCCACGUCCAGCAUGCAUGGGCAACGACACGACCCCGACACUGACCCCGACCCCGACACACACACCCGGAACAUGGCCCUGUGUCCCAGUGCUGACUUCACAAGACCUUCCUCCUUACACAAGCUCAACCCUUUCAGUGUGGAGAGCUUGCUCGCUGACUCCAGUCCCAAACGGAAGCCGGCGCCAUUUUCUUCCGAUUUUCCUCAAUCGCCUGUCGUCGGUAAAGGUCACUUCCUGUUGUAUCCCAUCACGCAGCCUCUGGGUUUUAUUGUUCCCCAGAAAAACACUGACUCCACACACACGCUGACUGCAAACAACACACUCUGUACCGAGGCUAAAAGACCGAAAAAUGAGCAUCUCUCACCUGGAGCACAUGACACACACACACACACCUCACACUGCGAGCAGGAGGAAAAGUCGGACGCAGAAAGAAAAAGUGAGGAAGUGAAAGCUUGAGAAGAUUUCUUCCGACAGAAACGCGUUUCAGUUUUCAACAUUUUUAUAACCUAAACUCUCUGAACUCCUUUUUAAAUAACAAAUCCUCAACACGGAUAUCCUUCAUUCAUUCAGAGGGAUGGAUUAUUAUUAUUAUAAUUAUGAUUAUUAUGCUUUUUUUUGUUAUUAGCAUUGGAUAAAAAUAUGAGCUACACGCCUUUCCAGAACAACAGGAAUCCUCAGA